UAAAAUGCGGUUCAUUAUUUUCAUAUAUUGUUUGCUACAAUAUCAGGUUCAUGGUCAGGAUUGGUCAAACCGAACCGUUCGUGUCGACCUCAAUGUUAAUCGUAGAUCUCCAAAUGACCAACUUGAUGUUCGCGUACAAUCACCGAGAAUUGUUUUUAGCGGAGUCGAUGCCACAAAUGGUCAAUAUCCUUGGACUAUACUAACCUUGUCACAGACAACUGAACCAGUGUUCAUUGCUUGUUCGGGUACAAUCAUCAGUGACAGCUAUUUUCUUAGUGAUUAUGGCUGCGUUGAAGAACACUGGGGGUUUCCGGUCACCUCGAUGGCGAUGUAUGUUGGAUCAGCUCAAUGGCAAUGGCCCGACAGGGGGGAACCAACAAAUUUCGUACGACAUUAUUGGUACAUCGAAGCGUCGCCUGAAAAUAGUCCUGCAAUUGUUUUGUGUAGAAUUCAUGAGCCAUUGACAUUUAAUCCGAAUGUUCAACCCAUCCGUUUGCCUUAUGCUGCAAACGCUAAUUUCUCAUAUGAGGCAUGGUCGUCCUUAAUACUCGGAUACCGACUCUCAGCCCCCAAUCAGUUGCAAUUUGUACCGAGCAACAUAUUCAACAACAACCAAUGCGAGUUCGAAAUACGUUUCGGUCAAGAUCGUGGUAUCAUUGGUGAUCAUGAAUUAUGCGGUACUAUUAACAAUCAAACUGGAUCAGGCUUAAUACGCCAUUUUGGCAUUACAGGUGGAGCUUGGAUGGUAUAUGAAUACGCGCCAGACUUUGAUCUACACCCAGUUGUUAUUGGGAUUUAUCAGUACCAGAUUAUUAAUGGAACUGCAACAUACGGAGUGGGGACCAGAGUCACCCCUUUCUUGGACUGGAUUGACACACUCACCGGUGGAUUAUUGAAAUAAGAAUUAUGUGCUUUAAAGUUUUAACUUCAAUAAAAGCAAU